CCGCAAACAAAACGAAAUAAUCCCACAAAUCUACAACUACAAAUCCCAGACGUCUUUGCGAGAGUCGGUUGACGUGGCCGGCGUUGAUGAACAUACCGGGCCGGUUUAAAUUUAGUUCAGCUGUUGAGCGUGUCCUCCUACGGUUUGCUGGUUAAUAUAAUAACCGGGGUUGUUGUCCCUUUUUCAUUUUUAUCUCGUUACCGUAUACCUCUUUGUAGCUGCGUCCGAUAAUGUCGGGGAAAAUUAAGAGCAGGAACGCGGCAAAUGCGGACGCGGCGUCGGGCAGCGUGUCCUGCGGGGAGCGCAUCUUGAAGGACUGCCAUCAGAUGUACACCGAUACAGACAGUGGUUUAAUAACAAUAGCUCAGUCUGUUGGUGUGACUUUGCUGCCUCCCAGGAAAAAGAUCACAGUCAUGCUGAUGGGAAACCAUUCAGCUGGAAAAAGCUCCUUUAUUAACUGGUACAUUGAAGAGCACAUCCAAAGAACAGGCGUUGCAAUUGAGACACAGGGCUUCACUUUUGUUACCAGCGGGCGAAAGAGGGAGUCGCUUACGGGUAAUGCAACACUUCACCUGUAUCCUCACUUUAAACAACUUCAAGAGUUUAAAGGUGUGUCUGAAUACGUUGGCACCGAGAUCUGCACUUCUCGGCAAAAGCGUUUCAGUUUGGUGACUUUUGUGGACACUCCAGGACUGGUGGAUGGUGAUAUGAAGUAUCCCUUUGAUGUCGACCAGGCCAUCCUUUGGCUAGGUGAUGUGUGUGAUUUGAUUCUGGUCUUCUUCGACCCGAUGGGACAGGCUCUGUGCAAACGCACACUCAACAUUGUGGAGCAACUCAACGAAAGGCAGGGAGAUCGACUCCGCUUUUACCUUAGCAAAGCUGACGAAGCCGGUGGAGAGUCAGACAGACAGAGAGUGAUGAUGCAGAUUGUGCAGGAGUUGUGUAAACGUCCAGGACUCAACAAGUGUGGCUUUGACAUGCCUACUAUCUACAUCCCCAAUCCCAACAAGCCCAGUCGAUGUGUCAAUCAGAUCGAGGAGGUGUGUCGCAGCAUAGAAAAGACCAUCAAUCAGACAGUGCAGAACACACUCAACACGCUGGAGAAGGACUGCGAGCUCAUCUGCGAGGCUGUUGCUGAGACACUCGAUAACGACCGGCAGUGCAGUGUGGAGAACAGACGUGCCCGCUGUAAGGGCUGUUUUUUGGGCCUGCUGGGCUUCAGUGUGCCUUUAAUGCUGCUUUUCGCCCUGGUGCUCGGCAGCCUGUCCAGGGAUGUGCUGGAGCUAGUACUGGGUGCUGAGGGCACGGAGACGCUCUCGCUCUAUCUGGCUCCAGUAGUAAAGGCGACUGAAUCUCUGUCUGUGGAAACACAGCUGUAUAUUUGUGGUGGCCUUGUUCUGCUCUCCUUCAUUCUCCUCAUCCUUGCUCGCUUCUCUUCCAGCACAAGGCCAACUCUGUCAGGAAAACAAAAGAGGCAGUUGCAGGAGAAACUGGAGUAUGUGCAGGAGGUGGUGAAAACGAAAAAGAGAAAGCUGUAUGAGGAGUACCUGCGGCAGAGUGUUGGGGAUCACGAUAUGGACUAAAGUUUUCAGUUGAAGAUCUACUCAUGACUAAUGGAAAGAGCAAUGAACACACAUUCCUGCACUGUAGACCACCAAUAAUAAGGUUCACUUGAGCUGUCCUGUCCCCACUACCAAUUCCCCCCCAGGAGAGGCGCACCAGCAUAUUAAUGGGGAAGAAGUAAAUGUAUCAAGUAUUUAUCCAUGUCGUUCUUUCGUCAUAAUGUCAAUGCAGUGUUUUGUAGAUCGCUCUAAUGGUACGCACUUAAGACAUCCCAAACAAGGCAUCAUUCUCAUUUUUAAAGAAUCUUAUUAAUGUGACCUACCACAGCUCCACUAAAACCUUAUGGCUUUGCAUCAUGCGUUUUAAACCAUAUACCUUGCACUGCCUAUGUCUGCAUCAUACCGUGCAUCAGAUACAUGAUACAACAUGAAGCUUAACACAUACCUCGCUGUUUCACUGUAUGGUUUGGAUGUAAAAGAAGGAUCUUUUAUUGUGUACUGUACAAAUUCCACAUAAGACAGCAUUUUUUACUAAAUAAGAAUAAACGUGUUUGUAUGCCUUUGUCAUUUUUUUACCACAGUGUUCAUAAUAAAAUAAAUAAUCUGAUCAAGCA